GGAAUCCGGUCACCCAGCCAGACUUGUACCAUACUCCAUCCUCAAUCAUGUAAAUAGUCAUUAUUUUAAAAACAAUUAUUGUAGUAAACAUCAGUUUACAGUCAUGCAGUCAAUGACAAAUAAUCGGAAAAAAAAUCCACCGCCUAGGCCUCCACCUCCUAAUUUCUCUAAAUGCAGAAGUAAGUCGACUAGCCUAAAUCAACAAAACCAAAGUGCAAUUGGAAAUCUCAUUGACUUUAGUCCCCCAAGCUCUCCAAAACCAGAGAGGACAAGAAAUUUUGGAGGCAGCGUCUCCAGUUCCUUCAACAGCAGCACAAGUAGUUUAGCUUCAAGUAAGAAAUCUCUGGAGUUCGAACCCCUUGUCACCAAUAAUCUCUGGCCAAUACAAGCUCGAGUUACUCACUCUUCACAAACUAGCAACAAUGGGAUAACUUUCCAGAGUUAUCUUACACCUGGAGGUAGUCAAACAAGUGCACACGUCAAAAGUGAACCAGGCGCUCCUUCAUUUUUUGUACCUACCAUUAUCCGCCCAAAAGCCAAAGCAAACGGUCGUCCUGACGAUUCAUGCACUAUAACAAAUUCUCCAUCUGGAUCACUUCCUAUGCCACUUAUCCCGCCCCCCAGUCCACCCAAAGAUAUUGGUAAUGUUGAAACUCCAUAUGGCUUGGCUUUGUAUGAUUAUCCUGCUACACAUCCCAGUGACCUUGCUUUACAAAAAGACGAUGUUGUAAUCCUAAUUCGCAGAAUCAACGGAGAUUGGCUUUAUGGAAAGGUCUUUGACAAAGAAGGAAUGUUUCCAGACAAUUUUAUAGAUAUACAAGUGCCACUAAGCGGAGAAGACCAUAUCGUAAUUGCCUUGUAUGAUUUUCCUCCAGAAAUGCCAGGCGACCUUCCAUUAAAAACUGGCCAGAAAAUAAAGGUGAUCAAAAGGAUAUCUGAUUGUUGGUUAUUUGGAGAAAGCAAUGGUCAAACUGGCCAGUUUCCUUCUAACUACAUCAAUCGAGUGCCUGAUAAUUUAUAAGUAAUUACUUAUCUUCUUGAAUUUUUGAAACGAUCUAUUUUGAAUCGAGUUUUGAAUACAUAUUUAUUUUUUUAUUGAAACUAUCUUAUUUUAUGGAAUACUUAUCUCAUUUUGGUAUCUGUUUAGAGUUUAAUGUAGUUGUUUUAUUUUUUGACAGGGUUGAGAGUAUUAUUAGAAAUGUGAUGUUUAGUUUAGUAAGUUAUAUCACAUUAAAAAUGUGAUAAUAAUAUGUGCCUUCAUUUAUCGUCAUAUCUUGUUAUUUUUGAUACCUAUUAAAAAUUUACUAUUCAUAGUCACAGCUAAUUGGUAA